UGUAAUGUUCUGCUUUAGAUUUAGAUUUAGACUCAAACGUCGUCGAAAGAAGCGUAUGCAAUCACACAGUGCUCUACAGCUGGAUUUUCUGGAGCAGUGUACCAACGGAGAUGCGUCGAAAGUGCGUAAUAUGAUCGCCGCAAACAUGGUGGAUGUCUCUUAUCAACAUCCUAUCAAUGGCUGGACAGCACUUCAUUGGGCUGCUCGUCGUGGGUACGAAGAGAUUUGCGUUCUACUUUUGGCUCACGGUUUUAGCAGAGAAGUAAGAGACAAGAAAGGGAGAACACCAUUUGACGUUUGUGCUGAGGAUAACAUAGAACUGAGAGAGAUUCUUCGACCAGAUUCGAUUGAGUGCAAGGAGUGCCAUGAAAUAAUGCCGUCAGCUGUCGAAAAACGACGACACUCCGAGGAAACAGAUGGAGACGAGAAAUUCGUACCGAACUACAUUCGACAUCCACCAUUUCCGUAUGUAUCGAAAGCUUCUUCAUUCGACUAUGGAACGAAAGCUCCACCUUCUCCCACAAUUACCAAUGGCUACUUCUCAUAUGGACGACGAGACUCUAUAAAUAAGACUCGCUUCCUGCUAGUAAGAACGUGCUUCACCGAUGGUAAGCAAGCGUUCAAGCGGGUUACUUUGCCUGGAGGAUCUACUGUUGAGCAAUUGAAAAAGAUGGUAGAGCGAUCUAUGCGAAAUGGAAAAGUUGAAGCGAUAUUCACACUACCUGAUAGGGUGUUAGUCGAAGACGACUCGCAGAUAGCCCAAUUUUCGGACUGUCAACGAGUUGAGGUCGUUUAUGCCGACGAAGAUCCAUCACCAGAGGUCGGCGAGAAGAUAAUCGAUAUAAGACCGAACGGCAGCAUGGAGAAAGAAGGAGAGCAACAAGAAGUGCACAUCACGGAAACAUCUGAAACUGCAGGAGGUGGAGGCGACAGCUUUCCGAUAACUUUGAUGGAAUCAUUCUCCAAUGAACAGCCGGAUUCUAGCACAGCCGCACAAGAAGAGAACUUAUCGAACGAAGGAAGUAUUCCGAUAGAAAAAAUACCGAGCAUGGAUGUGACACCAGUUGAAACCGAGGAUAACAACCAUAGUGAGGUGGAAUCUGCUCAGAAAAUCUCAUUGCGGAAAAGUAUCGAUUCUGAUCCCGGAGACUUUGUUAAGAUUGAAACACCUGAUAAUGGGAACUCUGCUGCUGAGGUCAAGUCAGCCACCCCACCAACACCUCCAGUUAUGGUCUCAUCGACUAGCAAAGAGGAGGAGAAGAAGGAAGCUGAAGGUUUGGAAGCGAAGAAGAAAGCUGAAGGUUUGGAAGCAGUGGAGAAGGUCGAGGUGAAGCCAGAACCACAGCCUCAAGUCGGCGUGGUCAAGCUUGAAAAGAAGCCUAAGGAUCGCUCAUUAGGUACCGGUCUUCUGACAUGGAUGGAUGAAAAUCCGAAUAUUGUUCGUUGCUGUGCUACGACGGCCGCAGUGGUAGGCCUUGCCGGAAUUGCGAGUUUUGUUUACGCAAGGAGGAUCCGUUCCGGUGGCUUCUAAGUGAUUGAUGCCAUGUCUCGACCGAGUUAUACAUAGGAUUACUGUAGACAAGCUGUGCAUGCACGUGUUUCUAACGUACGAGCGGCAAAUUUGCGCUCGUUCUGCUUUUACGCGCUUCUGUUCGGUUUAGGAAGAGAAAGAGGCGUCUUUGCACUUCUAGACAUCAUAAUUCCCCCACACCAU